AUGGACGAGCCAGAAAGACCUGGCCCUGGUCUGUGUGUCUGCAGCUCCUCCCAGUGGUGUUGGCAGAGGUGGUCGGAGGUGGUUAUGGUUCUGCUGCGGACCUCUGCUUCCCACCAGGGGGCAGCAUUGGACAGCAGCAUUGGACGAGCAAUAAUACAGGCAGGUUGUGGAGACGGCACGCUGGAGAGGCUGGCCGAGGCAGCAGUAGAGCACCUCGAACAAUAUCGGAGACGGUACCAGUUCAACCCAGCCUACUUCCAGACCCCGGUGACGUCUCAGAUCCUGCUGAAGGCCCUGACCAACCUGCCCCACACAGACUUCACCCUCUGCAAGUGCAUGAUCGACCAGACACACCAGGAGGAGCGUCCCAUCAGACAGAUCCUGUACCUGGGGAACCUGCUGGAGACCUGCCACUUCCAGAGCUUCUGGACGAGCCUGGAGGAGAACCGCGAGCUGAUCGAUGACAUCACAGGCUUUGAGGACUCCGUGAGGAAGUUCAUCUGCCACGUGGUCGGAAUCACCUACCAGACCAUAGACCGCCGCCUGCUGGCAGAGAUGCUGGGAGACCCCCUGGAAACACAGGUGAAGCAGUGGAUGAACAAAUACAGUUGGACCGAGGAUGAAAACGCUCAAGUUUUUGUGUUUAAUCAAGAAGAGAGCGUCAAACCCAAGAAUAUCGUGGAGAAGAUCGACUUCGAGAGUGUGUCCAGCAUCAUGGCCACGUCACAGUGA